UCGAAUGGAGUGUAAAAAGAUAAAGACAGACGAUAAAUACUAACUUGUGUGGUGAUUGUCAGCUGUCUACUUAAAAACAUGGAACCAUUCCAACCUAAAUAUGUCGUGUUUUGUGGAAUUAUUGGACUUCAUCAAUUUGUCGGGAGAUGUUUUCCAUUUAAAAUUAAAAGGCGAUCAAAAACGUGCAUUUGUGUCCCGUUUAUGAGGAAUAAAAACGCCCGGCAGAUCGCUGGUCCGAACACCACUUCAAACGUCGUCCAGUUUUGAAAAUGUUGUAUCACUUCUCGCCAACAGAGGGCACCAGUGCGACACCUCCUUGUUUGUGUUUGGCAGGGUCCACGUUGUCCCCGUCCGUCUCUCCCUCUCCUCCCUCUCCCCGCUUCUGCCUAUCUUCCACGAGCACCGGCAGCUUCUCCAUCAGUCUCCGUGACACCAGCGCCUCUUCGGCUCCAACCAUGGCACCUCCGCGCCCUGAAGUCCGGCUCCCCGGCCAGGCGCACUUUUGCUCCCUCCUGCUGCCGCUGCUGCUGACCGCCUCGGCCUGGAUGUCACUGCCGGCACCGGUGCGCGCUGACAGCGGGGCUUUAACCCGGCGUGGCGGGGACCACCGCGGGGUUGAGAUUGGCGGCGAUGAGGCGUCGGACUUGGAGAGCUCGCCCCGCUUCAGGAGAGCUCUAUCCCGGGAUAAACAAAUGUCCCUCCUCAGCAGCUCAUUUGUUCUGAAAGGAGAUGCGACCCACAACCAGGCGAUGGUCCACUGGACUGGCGAGAACAGCAGCGUCAUUCUGAUCCUCACCAAGUACUACCAUGCUGACUCCACCAAGGUGCUGGAGAGCUCUCUGUGGAGGUCCAGCGACUACGGCACCACCUAUACCAAACUGAAUCUGGUGCCGGGAACGACCAUUGUGGUCACAAGCUUCUACAUCUGCCCCGCCAACAAGAAGAAGGUGGUCCUGGUGGGCUCCUCUGUGAACGAGCGAGAUCAGAUGCUGUUCAUCAGCACAGAUGAGGGGGCUACCUUCCAGAGACAGUCCAUCGCCUUCACCCCAGACACACUCAUCUUCCACCCAAAAGAGGAGGAUAAAAUCCUGGCCUACUGCAAGGAAGGAAGGCUGUUUGCCUCUUUGGAUCUGGGGGGAAAGUGGACUUUGCUUCAGGAACGAGUCACGAAGGACCGAGUGUUCUGGUCUGUUGCUGGUGUCGACGUGGACCCUGACCUGGUGCACAUGGAGAUGCAGGAUGCAAGCGGAGGUUACCUGUACCUGACGUGUCUCAUCCAGAACUGCUCGGACAAGAUGGUGACGGCUCAGUUUCUCGGCAAAAUAGACUACAACUCUCUGCAAGUGCAGGACGACUACAUAUUUGUGAAGGUCACGACAGGAAAUCGCACAAAGCACUAUGUUUCUUAUCGUCGCAAUGAGUUUGUCCAGAUGCGAUUCCCGAAGUACGCACUGCCAAAGGAUGUCCACAUCGUAAGCACGGACGAGAACCAGGUUUUCCUCGCCAUACAAGAGUGGUACCAGUCCGACACCUACAAUCUGUAUCAGUCGGACCCUCAGGGAGUCUACUACUCCAUUGUUCUUGAAAAUGUCCGUAGCACCAAACAGCCUGAGGAGAGUGUCCUGAUUGACAUCCUGGAGGUUCGAGGAGUCAAAGGAGUAUUCCUGGCAAAUCAGAAAGUAGACGGGAAAGUCACCACUCUCAUCACCUAUAAUAAAGGACGAGACUGGGCACCUCUAAACCCGCCUGCAACUGAUAUGAAUGGCAAAUCAAUCACAUGCAAAGCACCGGACUGCCACCUCCACCUGCACCUGCGCUGGGCAGAUAACCCUUACGUGUCUGGAACAGUCCACACCAAAGACUCCGCUCCAGGUCUCAUCAUGGGUGCUGGAAAUCUCGGCUCCAAGCUGGUGGAGUACAAAGAAGAGAUGUACAUCACCUCGGAUUGUGGAAAGACAUGGAGACAGGUCUUCGAAGAGGAGCAUCACAUCCUGUACCUGGACCAUGGCGGAGUCAUUGUUGCAAUCAAAGACACAUCAAUCCCACUGAAGAUACUCAAGUUUAGUGUUGAUGAAGGUCAAACUUGGACUGUGCACAAUUUCACCAGCACCUCUGUGUUUGUGGAUGGACUUCUGAGCGAGCCAGGGGACGAGACGCUGGUGAUGACUGUGUUUGGCCACAUCAGCUACAGGUCCGACUGGGAGUUGGUCAAAGUUGACUUCAGACAGUCUUUUCCACGUCAGUGUACAGAGUCUGACUAUGACUCCUGGCAGCUUACAAAUCUCCAGGGAGAAGCCUGUAUCAUGGGCCAGCAGCGGAGCUUCAGAAAGAGGAAAGACAUGUCUUUCUGUAUGAAAGGGAAAAACUACACAUCUGCUCUCAGCUCCAAACCCUGCCAGUGCAGUGAGAAGGACUUCAACUGUGAUUACGGCUUUGAGCGUUCGCAGACGGAUGCUGACCUCUGCGUCCCUGAUUUCUGGCACGACCCACAGUCACCACCAGAAGACUGCCAUCUCGGCCAAAUCUACGAGUCCAGCACCGGUUACCGCAAGUUGGUGUCGAAUGUGUGUGAAGGCGGGAUAAACAAGCAGGAGAGAGCCAUAAAGAGCAGCUGCCCUCAGCUGCCCCCCAGAGGACUACGAGUGGGCAUUAAAGGGCAGAUGCUGGCAGUGGCGCCAGGUGACGACAUCACCUUCAUCAUCCAUCAAGAUGAGGGAGACACCAGCAAGACUAAAUACUUGGUGGACCUGGGUGACGGUGUUCGGGCCAUUUACCAGAACCUGACUGUGACCGAUGAACCCAUCCAGCACCGCUACGAACGACCCGGCGUGUACAAAGUCACCGUGCAGGCGGAGAACCUGUCCGGACAUGAUAAGGCCACAAUGUUCAUCCAAGUCACAGCACCUCUGCAGGAGGUUCACCUUGAAGUCAUUCCUAUCGCCAGAAGACACCAGGAAGUCAAUCUAACGGCUGUAGUUCUUCCUGCUGAGGCAAACACCACAGUAUUCUACUGGUGGAUCGGAGACAACCUGCAGCCAAGGAUGACGCUCCAGAACAGCCUGCUGACUCGUUUCCCUGAGGCUGGGGAAGUUUCCGUCACAGUCCAGGCCUCCAACGGCAGAUCCAUGGUGCAGGACACCCGGACUGUGUGGGUCUAUGACCACUUCCAGACCAUCCCCUUAAGCUUCAGCAGGAAUCUAGACCGCCUCAACCCAAAUAUUCCCGAAUGGAGAGAGGAUGUGGCUCAGGUGAUCACCAAAAUCCUGACAAAGAUCACUGGCAUCCCGGAGGACUCUGUGGUUACCGUGGUGAGGGCAGGUCUUCCAACAUCUGCUGACCUGUUCAUCCUCCCCCUUGAAGACCAGCCGACCAAGCGGAGCGUGUUUGUGGACAAGCGUAUUCCUGCCAUCAUACAAGCAUUCAAUGACCACAACGUUAGCUUCGUGGUAAGAGGGGGUCAACAAGUGCUGGUGAUGCUCGCCGACCCAAACGCUGGGUACAGUGGAGCAGUGGGAGGUCCUGGUGUUUGGGCUGUCGCCGUACUCUUCCUCAUCAGCGUCAUUGCAACUGGCUCCUUCAUUCUCUACAAGUUCAAAAGUCCUUGGCUUAGGACUGAGGAGUCCUAUCCCCCGCUGUUUUUCAGGAAGCUCCCAGGGAGCCGCAAUAUCUACGCCCAGAUGCACAACGAGAAAGAGCAGGAGAUGACCAGCCCUGUCAAUCACAGCGAGGACACGCAGCAUAUCAUCCAGGGGGAGGAGUUCAUUGACGACGACCUGGACUCACAGACUCUAGGUAACGCGGGAGGAAGCCCCGCCUUCCGAUCCCUUAUAAGGACUUCUACUAACCACUGCUACUAAAACACCUCGCCACUAACACCAGCAGCUCACACACGCAGGUAACCAUUCAGGUGUGGUGCUGAACUCCAGAGAGCUCCACAGUUACCUGAGCAGCUGAUGGCUGCCCCUGCCACGCUGACUAGCCAGUGUAGCCGGAGCUCACUGGCUGAAGAGCACAGGGACUUCACUCUGCCUUCCUCCUCGUAUCUCGUCUCCUCCUCCUGCUCGCCCUUGGACCCUUCACCGUGGCUCCACGGCCUCCCGCAGCCAGCCGGAGAAGAUGGAAGUCUCGACGGCAUCACACCGACACUUAUCUGUGUGUUUUUGUGUCACUUGUAGACAACAUGAGUCACUGCACUGGUUUCCAGUACCGAUCACAGUCAGGGUUGAACUUUGCUGUGGCCAAGAGACUGACGCCACUCGAGCUGAGUGGCGGCCCAAGACCAGCGAAGAGCAGCAUGAGUCCAGCUCCAGUUGAGUUCUCUUUUUGGGAUUUUUUUUUUUUUUAAAUGAACCUCCCAAUCUAACACUUCCUCUUAAAUGGCGUCGCAUCCGUUUCGAUUGAAGGACUUCUUGUGUAACUGCACAUGCAGUCACAAGAUGGCAAUGUUGCUCAAAUAUAGCUCCGUGCAGAACCACAUUGGAUUGUUAGCAAAACAUAAGCUGAUGGUCAGUGAUGCCCGAACCGAAGGUUCUGCCGUCGUCUGUCACAAGAAAACAUCCUCUUCCUUUAGCACCGCGAGCGGCUCUCCUUACAAGUCACAGAUGGUCGUCAUGGAGGACAGGCGCUGUUAGGUCUAUUUCAGCCUAUAUUAGGCUCCGUCCACCAUGGAUCUGGUUCCUUGUAAAUGUGUAAAUAUCAGUCCUCACUUUGUACAUAUACCGUUUGACAUGUUUUACACAAGUACAGUCAUUCAAUUUUGGUUUUGUUUCUUCUUCUUUUUUUUUUUUGAGUGAGUAUAUUAAUGAAAGACUCUGUCCACGUUUAUAUGGAUAUUUUAUCAAUGUCACUUUUAAAUCAAAGUUCAGCAGCUGUGCUAAGGAUGCUAACAAAAAAAAAUGUUAGCGUCAUUCUCAUUUUCAAAUCUCUUUUUAUUUACUAAUUUAUUGAUAACUAUGAAGAAACUAUGGCUCAAUUUACUGUAAAACAAAUGUUCUGAAUUUAGCGAUGUAGCAUUUGGUUCAUUUCACACAAUGGUCAAUUUUCCUUUUGUGUAUUGUUUGAAGUAAAGAGUAUAUACUCUUCAUACUUUACUGUGGUUCUGGUAUCAAAAAUAUUCAUUUACAUGUGGACAAGGUCAAUGUUGCAAAGUCUCGUUUUUUGGUUGAUUAUUGUGUUUUCUUUUUGCCUGCUUGGCUUGUUUGUUUAAUGGGACGUAUGAUACUUUUAAAUAGUUAAUUUAAAAUCUAUAUAUCUUUUAUGGUUUCAGCACCAUCUAUGAAUAUUUUUGAUACAGCUGUUUUGCCAUUUUAACACCAGUUUUCAGUUUUAAUCCCCUGAUAUGAAACCACCUCAAGUCUAAAUUAAACACUGCAAGUUUUGCUUGAUUUCUUUUUUUUAUUGGUCAAACAUUAACUCAUGUGUAACUGCCUGUUUCUUUUCUUUUUUUUUUGUACAUAUUUGGUCAACGUCUUUGAUAAUCAUUGUGUCAUCUCCUUUCGUCAGAUGGGGGAGGUUUAGUGAAUUUUGUUCACUGAUUUCCUGAACUCAGUUUUCCCUGUUGUCCCUUAUGGUUGGUUUCAUUUUACUUCGCUAUUAUAACAAUCCUUUGUCAUUGUCAGGAAGCACUCAACCUGCACCUGGAAUAAACCACUCCCAUAACAAGACCGUCUUGUUUUUAAUGCUUUUGACUGCUAUUGCUUUUGACUACGAG